GAGAUCCUCCCCCCGUAAGCACCAUAUUAAUGUAACUCGAGCUCGUCGUACUCGACAAUUCUCGGAUCUUUUUGUUUGUGCCUUUUUUGUUUCUUGUCAUCUCACCGAACGCAACCAUCCAGAAAUGCUGCCAUUGUUCUCCUUCUCCUCCAUCCCCUCAUUGUCAUUGUUACCUUGAUCGUUCUCGGCCUGUCGCUUUUCCCUCAGCACUUCGUAUUAUCUCCCCCCAAACCAAAAACACGAAAACGCCCCUGUUCAUAAUCGCUUACUCUCGUUUCGCUCUCAGGCGUUCCAGCCCUACCAUCUCCGUACUUUGUACGUGAGCGUUACUCCGUAACAAGACGAAAGCCACCAUCCCGUGUCCAAAAUCCCAUCUUACUGCGGAAUAUCGCAAUUUUGCAGCCUUACCAGGCCAGCCCCCCCCGAGGCCCCUCUGAAUGUCUCGACUACUCCUCCCUUCUUGAACAAUUCGGUCCCCCACCCCAAAAAAGAGGGAUGCAACAACAAUCGUACGUUCGAAUGCGAGAGACCGCCUUCGACCUCUACACGGAACGAGACGCUCUGCCUUGGUAUUUUAGGGCUCUUGCACUGGCAUCUUCCUGUUCCUGUCUGACGGGGUACGUCAUCUUCGCGCUCGUCUUCACUUCCGACGAACCCAACGUCAAAGUUUCCCGGACGGCUCUCAUCGUCCUCGCCUCGAUUUUCUUGGUCGCAGGCUACGCCUCGGCUUCGGCGAUCGCCUUCUUCGGCCGCAGCCUCUUGUUCCUCUACGAUGGCGUCCUCGUCCCGAUCUUGACAUUCUCCUUCAUGGGCAUCGUCGUGACGGUCUUGAACCACGCCCUCCACAAGGAUUUCCCCAUUUCGAACCAAGCCUACAUAUACGUCCCGCUGGCGACGGCGUGCACGACCACCGUCGCCUCGGCGGUCCUCACGUUCAUCACGUACAAGCGGAUGAACAAGAUCAAGAGAUUGGAUCAACACAGGAGACAACACAUGCCCAGGUUUUUUGGCCGUCAACCUUCGUCGUCCGUAAAUUAUGGUGGCGACGGCGUGUCCUCCACCACGGAACUCUUGCCGAUAGAUCCAAAUGUACCAGAGGACGAGGCACAACGUCGACAACUUUUGCGUUUGUUACUGAACCGAGAAGCCGCUGCGCAAUCAUCGUCGACGUCUCCUGCGAUGCCCAGUGGCCACGAAAGUACCUACAAAAUCUUCCUACCUGGUGAUGAAGGCUUUGGUGGUGGUGGUGGUGGUGGUGGUGGAACACGGGUGAUGGCUACUACUAAUACUGCCACCACCUCCACUAAGGCAGCGCGGCGGCCUCGAAGUGGGAGCCUCCCAAAUUCUUCCAAUUCCUCCAAGUGGAAUCUCCUGGCCAAGUUUACGGGUGACGGUCAAGGUCCGCCCGUGGAAAGUUCCUUCAAAGAUCAUCGUCAACGUCGGCGAGAUGAGAUUGAGCGUUCGUCUAUCCUCAUGCCCGCGGGCAUGGAUACUCCUUGGCUGCAGCAAGCCUCUGGUGCGGCAUCUCCAUCUCCCUCUCGGUCGUGGUCACGUUCGGCCAGGUAUGCAUGAAAGAUUUUGUUCUUAGUUGGAGUGGUCAUUUGGGUCAUUUAGCGAGGCGUCAGGUUUUUAUGAUUGUUAUAAGGUUGUUGAGGUGAAUGAUUUGAAUGAUGCAAAAGGUCAAUCAAUGGAAGAAUAACCCGAAAUAUAAUAACUAGAUACGAAAUGUACUCUGUAAAGGUAAUGAAUUAAUCAAUGUUUU